CGCCGCCACGUGGGGAGCGAAUUUGAAUCAGCCGCCACCGGUCCCGGCCUGUUGUUCCAUCGUGUCGGCGCGAUCGUUCGCACCGGUGCUCACUCGCGAUCCCUCUCGCGCUUUGUCGCACGGAAUUCCAUGAUCCGCCGCGCGACCACUCCGAGAGUCCAAGGUAAGAACGGUUGGCAAACCGAGAAAGGAAAAGACGAAGGAAAGAUAUUUGACAAUUAAGAAAAAAAAAAACAGAAAGAAAGAGGGAACCAUUGACGCCACUUUAAAACGAUCCCAAAGAGUGGAUCGCGUGAGAACUCCGCGAGAAGAAGAGCACGCGAGAGAUAAAAGCGGAUAACGUCAUCUCGACGAUUCAGAAAAAGAAGUCUCUUCGGAUUAUCCUCGGUGCAUAACAAAAUAUCAGCGACAAGUGUCGCGAUAAUAAUUGCCAAGCCCGAGAGAGCAGGUAUCACUCGCGCAGGUCAUUGUUCUCCGUCACCAAGUAUCGACACGCCGAGAGAGGAGGAAGGAACCCGAAGUGAUUGUCACGAGAGAACGGGUGAACGGAGAGGAUUGGAGAAACAGUGAAGCAGUUAUACGUAACGGAGACGCGCACCAGCGCGGAGUUCGCGAUCGACCGCGAGUGUCAACACGAUAUACCGGCGUCAUCGUGCAUCACCGCCACGUGACACUCCGGCUCUGUCAUCGGUUCUCGGAGUAACAAUUUCCUCUCGAGCCACGUGACGACAUCGGUCGAUCUGGAACAGCCUGGCGACCGCCUGGACGUAAUCGUCGUACGUGAGUCGUGAUCACGGUGAGGCAACGUGGGAAAACAGUAGUACGUAACACGAGCGUCAGCAACGUAAUCCAGUGUCAAGUCGAUACGUCGCUCCGAGUGGUGAUCAGCGUCGCGACGUGCACCACGAGGCGUCGAAGCGGCGACGGGGACGUCGCGUCGUAGAGAGCGGCCAACGGAGGCGGCAGAGGAGAAGAGCAGUCAGCAGCGGGAGAGGGAGAAAAAUCAAGAAGGAAGUAGCAAGUGUCACGAAGGGACCCUUGUCAGUGAGUGGUGGACCGUGGUGCGGAUCGUGGGGGCACCGUGCGCGUGUGACAAGGAUCUUGGCUCGGAGAUAGAGAGAAAAGAGUGAGAGGGAAAGAGACGCAGGACGAACCGGGGGGGUGGCAAGCACGCGCAGCGAGAGCUCGCGCUCGAUACGGGCACGCGCGCGAAUUCGACACGAUCGCCACUUCCGAUCGCGCCGGCCGGCUUGGUACGGAAGAGGGCUGUGACCUUGCGACCCGACCUUGGAAAUUGGCGCCACCGUCGAGAUCGCGUCAUUUUAUCCUAGAGCGCGACUCGCGUUUUUCGCCGAUAAUUCGCGAAAACUUUCGCUCGAUUGUCGCGAGUGCUCGGAAGGAAGAGGAAUACGAUUAAUUGGUCUUUUUGCGAUCGCUAAUCGGGAAAGUUUUCAACCGAUUCCUUCGAUUUCCGGAGACGAGGAGAGACCGCUAACGAUUGCUACUACGAUCUGUACGCCGAUGGAAUGACUCAAUAUGCCGCUUAGGUCGUUACUGGUGAUCUCCGCCGCGCUAUGCGCGAUGUGCAGCCGUGCUGACUUCUUCAGCGGGAAGGAAGUGGUAUACGAUUUGAUGGAGGCAUCGGUGUCAUCGAUGACAGAUGAUAAUAAUCUUUACAUGGAUGACGGCGUCGACGGAUUUCCGGCAUUUGGCUUUCGACCCGGAUCCGAAGUGAAGCAACCCUACAGGCUAUAUCUCCCGGAAAAGUUGCCAGCCGAGUUCACCCUGGUGGCCACGUUCAAACCGACCUCUUUUAGAACGAGCUACCUCUUCGCCGUUCUUAAUCCCUUCGAAACCGUUGUCCAAUUGGGCAUCAGAAUUUCGGAUGGACCAGGCUCGAACCAGAAUGUCUCACUGGUCUACACGAAUUCAGAUGAGCAUUCACAUUCGGAGGAGGUGACAAAAUUUACCGUGCCAAAGCUUACGAAGAAAUGGUCAAAGAUUGUCAUUAAGGUUUCCACGAGCGACGUCAUCUUAUACCUCAAUUGCCACGAGAUGGCCCGACAAAAGGUUACCAGGAUCCCCCAGGAAUUAGUAUUCGAUACCGCCAGCACUCUAUACAUCGCACAAGCCGGACCGCACAUCCAGGAACGAUAUGACGGUCUACUACAAUCUUUGAAGUUGUACGCCGGUCAUCCUUCGGACCUUGUAAAGUGCACUGCUGAUUUUGACUUUUCAGCAGAUGAAGAGUUCGCUUCUGGUGAUUACGAUGUCAGUUUAAUCGACGGUUCCGGCGACGCUGAAUACUUAAAUAAGAUCAGCCGAGAUGCGGAUGAAGACAAAAGCGAGGAAAGUAACCCGCCGCCAUUCAUCACGCCCCCGCCUCCGAAUCCAGAUUAUAAAGGUCCGAAAGGUGAAAAGGGUGACAAAGGGGACAAGGGCGAGAGCGUCAGAGGUCCUCCAGGACCUCCUGGUCCGCCUGGUCGCGACGAGGAUUGGCUAAUGAAGAUACCACAGGGACCACCUGGUCAGAAGGGAGACCCCGGCACUUGCACCUGCAACGCCACGGCCUUAAUGUCUUCCUUUACGAUGCCAAAGAUGAUACAAGGGCCAAAAGGCGAGCCAGGAGUACCCGGACAAGAAGGCAAACAGGGCUUAAUGGGUCUCACGGGUGCGGCAGGACCGCCAGGGGAAAGAGGACUGCAUGGCCCAUCCGGGGCUAAAGGUGACAAGGGUGAUAUUGGAAUAGCGGGACCGGAAGGUUCUCAAGGUCAGAAGGGCGAGCCGGGUCGAGAUGGAAUACCCGGUGAAAAGGGUGCGCAAGGUCCGCCGGGGCCGCCUGGAAAAGGGGAAUUUUCUGGCUAUGACCCUAGUUGGAAACCUCGAAAUAUUUACAGACCGGAAGGUAUCACAAUGAGACCAGGACUUCCCGGACAAAAGGGUGAGCCAGGCAUUUCAGGAAAUCCCGGUCCUAAAGGCGAAGCUGGAAUACCCGGAUCCAAAGGCAUCAAAGGCGAACCUGGAUACAAAGGUAUUAAGGGCGAUCAUGGAAAAGAUGGUCCCAGGGGAAUUCAGGGUUUCAAAGGUGAACCUGGUGCACCCGGUGCGCCUGGAUUACCCGGCGCACCUGGAGAAAAUGGACGACCGGCAGAAAAAGGUGAUAAGGGCGAUACAGGACCUGAAGGAAAACUGGGACCUCCAGGACCACCUGGUCCACCCGGUAUGGGCGGUUCCGGUGGUAUAAACGUGGGAGAUCUAGGAUUUGGCACAAAAGGGGACAAAGGCGAUAGUGGAGCGCGCGGAUACAAGGGCGAUAAGGGCACAAAGGGUGAGAAAGGCAAUAAGGGUGACGCCGGGCCAGCUGGUAUUCCCGGAAUAAAUGGUAUUCAAGGGCCUCAAGGAGAUAAAGGCGAACCGGGUAAAGACGGAGUAUCAGGAUUACCCGGCAUACCUGGCACUAAAGGCGAAAGAGGUGAGAGAGGUCCUCCUGGAGCCACUACCGUCGCCAAUUCCGGAGACUAUAUCACCAUCAAAGGUGAGAAAGGCGCCGAAGGAAAACGGGGUAGAAGAGGACGACCUGGACCGCCUGGUCCCGUGGGUCCUCCCGGAAAGCCAGGAAAUACGGGAGAAAUCGGUCUACCGGGAUGGAUGAACUCGAUGAAGGGUCGUCCUGGGACUCCUGGAAUUCCGGGAAGUAUCGGACCAAUGGGACCCAAGGGAGAAAAAGGGGAACCUGGCGCACCGAGUCCUUACGGUGUUUCUGUCGGUAUCAAAGGCGACAAAGGAGACGACGGUUUUCCCGGAAUUCCUGGACAGCCGGGAAGAGAGGGUCAAAAAGGAUCUCCAGGACCUCCCGGACCUCCUGGAAUACCAUCUAAAGGAAACUAUUAUCCAGUUCCAGGGCCUCCAGGUCCUCCCGGACCUCCUGGUCCGCCCGGUUUGUCUUUAAUCGGACAGAAAGGAGAACCCGGGAUCGGUAGAAGUCACGUUUUCGGAGAAAGAGAUUACUAUCCCUCUAGGCAAGGAGCCAGAAGUAGUCUAGACGAAUUGAAAGCUCUACGUGAACUCAAGCAACUAAAAGAACUGAAAGAGCAAUUAGGUGUUGUUACUGCCGCUACAAGGGGACCUUUAGAAAGUACAACGAAAAUUGUGCCAGGAGCUGUUACGUUCCAAAACACAGAAGCCAUGACAAAAAUGUCUAGUGUUAGUCCAGUUGGGACCUUGGCUUACAUUAUAGACGAACAAGCUUUACUAGUCAGAGUUAAUAAUGGAUGGCAAUACAUUGCACUCGGAUCACUUUUGCCUAUUACAACGCCAGCACCACCAACGACAUCACCACCGCCAGCAAACCCUCCUUUUGAAGCAUCCAACUUAAUUAACCAGAUACCCGUGAAAGCCGACGGAACAGGGUUGAGGAUGGCUGCAUUGAAUGAGCCGUUCACCGGAGACAUGCACGGUAUACGAGGAGCAGACUACGCUUGUUAUCGACAAGCAAGGCGAGCAGGCUUGAGAGGUACCUUCCGCGCUUUUCUCAGCUCUCGAGUUCAAAAUGUCGAUAGCAUUGUCAGAUUAGGAGAUCGAGAUCUUCCCAUAGUUAACAUAAAGGGCGACGUGCUAUUCAACUCUUGGAAAGAGAUGUUCAAUGGAAAUGGGGCGUACUUCUCUCAGAAUCCCAGAAUCUACAGCUUCAAUGGAAAGAACAUCCUCACUGACUUUGCGUGGCCCGAGAAAGUUGCAUGGCACGGUUCUCACAAACUCGGUGAUCGAGCCAUGGACACUUACUGCGAUGCCUGGCACUCGAGCAGCUCGGAUCGUUAUGGACUAGGCUCGCCGUUGACCGGCGGUCGAUUGUUAGAACAAGUACGAUACUCGUGCGACAAUAAAUUCGCGCUGCUCUGCAUCGAGGUGACGAGCGAGCUGGUGAGGAGACGACGGAAUGCCGACAAUCGGCUAGAUGACGACGUCGAGAUGUCGGAGACCGAUUAUAUGGAGUACUUGGAGGAGUUCAUGCAAUACUGAAUACUCGCACCUUCGACCAUCCUUUCGCAACGCGAAAAUCGAAUCGUUAUGUAAAUAGAAUGCAGAUACGCGCGUGCUGCGUUUCUU